UUAGCAUACAAACAAAAACUAAUCAGAGACCAUUUAGAGCUUGCAUAUUUGUUCUAUCAGAUCUGGGUGCUUAGCAGUUAGAGUUAGAUUUACAGAGAUGGCUUCGAACCCUGAUGCACCGGCUUAUGGCUCAUCUCUUCCAGCACCAAAUGUUCAAGAAAUAGUAAGGAGUGACCCUUUGCUGGUACCUGAAAGAUACCUUAUUAGGAAUGAAGAAGACUUGCCAAAGUGUGGAGAUCAUAUUAGUCAUCUUUCUUCUGAGGUUCCUAUCAUUGAUUUCUCUCUGCUCUCAAAAGGGCACAAGGAGGAGCUUAAGAAACUUGACCUGGCUUGCAAAGAAUGGGGAUUUUUUCAGAUGGUAAAUCAUGGAGUGGCAACAGAAGUGUUGCAGGCCAUGAAGGAUGCUGCGGCAGAGUUCUUUGAGCUUGAGUUGGAAGAGAAGAAUAAGAUUGCUAUGCCACCAGAUGACAUACAAGGCUACGGGCAUACCCAUGUGGUCUCAGAAAAGCAAAUACUGGACUGGUCUGACUCGCUGAGUCUCUUUGUUUACCCGUCCCGGUAUAGAAAGCUCAAGCUUUGGCCAACCACACCAAAGGAAUUCAAGGAGGUUAUUGAGGUGUAUUCUAGUGAAGUUAAAAAAGUUGGAGAGGAGCUCCUAAGGUCUCUAUCUAUAAUUAUGGGGAUGGAGAGGGACACUCUUCUUGGACUGCAUAAAGAGUUGCUCCAAGCUUUGCGGGUGAACUACUAUCCUCAAUGUUGCAUGCCUGAUAAAGUACUAGGUCUAAGUCCUCACUCGGACAAAAACUCAAUAACAAUACUUUUGCAAGAAGACAAUGCGACCGGGUUACAGAUUCGACAAGCGGGAGAAUGGGUUCCGGUGAAGCCAAUUCCAAAUGCUCUCGUUGUGAAUGUUGGAGAUGCUAUUGAGAUAUGGAGUAAUGGGAAGUACAAGAGCAUUGAACACAGAGCUGUGACAACCGAAAGUAAGGCGAGAUUGUCAUAUGCAUCAUUUCUUUUGCCAAAUGACGAUGUGGAAGUUGAACCAUUUGAUUACAUGGUGGAGUCGACAGGGUCCGUUCGGAUGUACAAGAAAGUUAGAUUUGGAGAUUAUCUGAGGCAAGCGUUUAAGAAGAAAAUCAAUGGGAAGGCACACAUUCAGACGGCGAAGAUUGAAAGUUGAUUAGCAGAUGUUUUAAUUUUCAAAAGCCAGAGGGAAAAGGAGAAAGAAAAAUUAAAACCAAGGCUUCCAUCAUAAUUGAGUUAUAAGUUUCUUAUAUUUUAUACACUAAAGACGUUUAUGUAACUAUACAUGCAUAUGCAUUUGA